AUGUCAAGCAAAAAAGAAUUGCAACUAUCCAUGAUCUUCAAAAAAUGGAUAGAAAGAUUUGAUUGUUUGGUUAUUGGUCCAGGCCUCGGAAGGGACCCAUUUCUUAUGGAAUGUGUAAGCAAAUUCAUGACUCGUGCAAGGGAAUCAAAUGUUCCAAUGGUUGUAGACGCGGACGGACUCUUCCUUGUGAAAAACAAUAUCGAGCUUGUUAGUGGCUAUCGCUUAGCUGUCUUGACUCCAAAUGUGUACGAAUACAAGCGCCUGGUUCAGAAAGUUCUAGGUGGCGAUGUAAACGAUCAAAACACUCAUGAGGAACUGCUUUCUCUCUCCAAACGAAUCGGUGGUGUAACUAUCUUAAGGAAAGGAAAGUCCGAUCUCAUUAGUGACGGUGAAAUAGUCCAAUCCGUAAGCAUUUACGGAUCUCCGCGGCGUUGUGGUGGCCAAGGUGAUAUACUUUCUGGAAGUGUUGCUGUAUUUUUAUCUUGGGCUCAACAGCACAUUUCUGCGAUAGAAAGGGAAACGACUAUCAGUCAAACAAAUCCGGUCGUGUUGGGUUGCAUUGCCGGCUCUGCUUUAUUGAGGAAGGCUGCAGCUCUUGCUUUCGAACAUAAAAAAAGAUCGACGCUUACCACUGAUAUCAUUGAACACUUGGGCCAAAGUUUGGAGUCGAUUUGUCCGGCAUCUUGAUUACGGACACCGACACGGAUGUCCUUCCCUGCCCGAACUUCCAAGCUGCUUCAACAACAAAAUCCCUUUGUGCUAGGACUUUAGUUUCAUGUUAUGAAUAACAGCUUUAGCAAUGGAACAUCGAUCACAAUGUAAAAAUUGAGGAUUCGACGGAA